AUGACAGUCUUUACUCUGUCUACCCUCUAUUUUGGAGGAACAGCCGGGCAGGUUCGCUAUUCUGUACCGGAGGAGAUGGCUCCUGGAUCCUUUGUUGGGGAUAUUGCAAAGGACCUGGGUUUGGAUGCCAAACGACUAAUCACAGGAAAAGCGAAGAUUUUUUCAAAGAAUGGCCGUGAAUACGUGGACCUAGACCGUGAGAGAGGGCAUAUUAUCAUUAGGGAGAGAAUUGACCGUGAGUCACUAUGUGCGAGCUCAAUGUCUGCAUGUAGCUUCAGUUUCGAGGUGAUUCUUGAGAACCCUAUCGAGCUUUAUCGGGUAACGGUGGAAAUAUUAGACGUAAAUGACAACAGCCCUGCGUUUCCAAAGAAUGAGAUAGAGAUAGAGAUAAGUGAAUCCGCCACACCCGGUGCCCGUUUUACUCUUGAAAGCGCAGUCGAUCCUGAUGUCGGAAUUAAUAGUCUUCAGAGUUAUUCUGUCCAUCCGACGGAUCACUUCACACUUAAGAAACAGACCCGAUCAGGUAUCAGUAAAAACGUUGAACUUGUGUUGCAAACACCUCUCGAUAGAGAGAGGCAACAGCAUAUGUACUUGACCCUUACUGCUGUAGAUGGGGGCACCCCAAAACGAUCAGGUACGGUGAAAAUUCACAUUAUCAUUCUUGAUGCAAACGACAACGCACCCGUUUUCCCUCAAGACUCUUACAAAAUAUCUGUUCCUGAAAAUACAGCGAAAGGUACAUUGUUGACUACAGUAAAUGCUACGGAUGCUGACACUGAAGCGUACGCUCCCAUCCAAUACUAUUUUGAGCACGCAGGAGCGUCGAUAAAUGAGCUAUUCUCCAUAAAUGCCACCACUGGUGAAAUAAGAUUGAUUGGCCAACUUGAUUUUGAAAAAUCUCCCAUCCACGAGUUAAGUGUCCAAGCUAAAGAUCGUGGAGGGUUAUCAGAUUCAGCUGAAGUAAUUGUUGAAGUAACCGAUGUGAAUGACAACGCGCCCACUAUGGCCCUGAUGUCCUAUUCAAAUAGCCUGCCUGAGAACGCACCACCGGGAACUGUCAUCGCUAUGAUAAAUGUCCAAGACGGCGACUCUGAAGAAAAUGGUAGAGUAAUAUGCACGAUUGACAGUAGUCUGCCAUUCAAAAUCAAGUCAUCUCUGACCGAUUACUACAGUCUUGUCACUGACUCAGAUUUAGACAGGGAACACAUAUCCGAGUAUAACAUAACAGUAACGGCAAAAGACGGUGGUAGUCCACCUCUGUCUAGUUCAAAGACGUUGUCGGUUAAGAUAUCAGACAUUAAUGACCAUUCUCCUGUAUUUGAGCAUGAAACAUACAACGCUUUCAUAAUGGAGAAUAACUCACCAUCUUUGUCUGUUUUAUCAUUGAGAGCCAGUGACGCAGAUUUGGGCCCAAAUGCACGCAUAUCUUACUUCAUAGGAGAAAGUGAUUAUAAAGGAACACCUGUAUCAUCAUUAGUUUCCAUUAACUCAGAAAGUGGAGUGAUUUAUGCUACGAAAUCAUUCGACUACGAACAAGUUAAAUCUUUUAGCAUCAACGUAAAGGCUCAAGAUGGCGGAUCUCCUCCUUUAAGCACUAACGUGACAGUAAAUGUUUUCAUUCAAGAUCAGAAUGACAACGCACCACAGAUUUUGUAUCCUGUUCAGUCUGGUGGUUCCGUCGUGGCUGAGAUUGUACCUCGUUCAGCAGAUGUGGGCUACCUGGUCACUAAAGUGGUAGCUGUUGACGUGGACUCUGGACAGAAUGCCUGGCUGUCUUAUAAACUCCUAAAAUCCACUGACAGGGCAUUGUUUGAAAUUGGCACUCAGAAUGGAGAAAUAAGAACUAUCAGACAGGUCACGGACAAAGAUGCUGUGAAACAAAAGCUUACUGUUGUAGUGGAGGACAACGGACAGCCCUCUCGCUCUGCUACAGUCAAUGUGAAUGUGGCUUUAGCGGACAGCUUUCCUGAAGUGCUCUCGGAAUUCAGUGAUUUUACGCACGAAAAGGAAUACAACGAUAACCUGACUUUUUACCUGGUUCUGGCUUUGGCUGUAGUAUCUCUUCUUUCUCUCUUCACUUUUGGCAUUUUACUCGUGCGGUGCGUGAGAGCCACCACUGGUGGUUCCGCCUGCUGCAUGAGACGCAUGGACUCGGAUGACUUCAGAGCCAGGAACCUGCAGCUGCAGCUGAACUCAGACGGGCCUAUUAAAUAUGUGGAGGUGCUGGGAGGGGACAUGUUGUCUCAUAGCCAGUCCUUCAGGUCCUGUCUCUCCCCCCUGUCGGAGUUCAGUGAUUUCACCCUCGUUAAGCCCAGCAGCACUCUUGACUUUAAGGACAUGAUCAGCGUGUUAGAUGUGUCUUUGCCUGACAACGCCUGGACUUUUGAGAGUCUGCAGAAUCCUCGCAAUGAGCGCAUCAGAUGA